AGAUCGAUUUCAUAAAGGACGGUGGAACUCAGACAGUCACCACAACAACAGCAGCUAGUCAUGAGCACACGGUGUCGGUGAAGGCGUACAAAGACAGCAAAAAACAGAAAUGGGUGUUCUAUAUCAAGAAGUGUGAUGCUAAAGACUUUCGUUGGAAAAUGUGCUGGGAUGAGCAUCCUAAUAGGUUGGUUCAGAUGCCAGACCAGUAAAGGGAAUGCUCAUUAGAAACUAACUCACAGCACUGAGGGAUUUUUGCUAAAUUGUUUUUCUGUCGGGUAUAUUUAUAAUUCGCUAGUGUAAACACAUAAAAAAAGCGUAAACACCAAUAAAAUAAUUGAUUGACUGAGA